UUCCCAGAGAUGAGCAUCAACAUUGCCUCCAAUCGUCCGCGGACGAGCAUCCUGGACAAGCCACUGUCGCGUGGGAAGGGCGAAGUGUCCCUCAACUGCUUCGCAUUGCUGUUUUCCGAGCUGGUGCAGUAUUCACAGAGUCGCGUCUACACGGUGGCGGAGCUCCAGAAUCGCCUUCAUGACCUGGGCCAGGAUGUCGGGGUGCGAAUAAUAGAUCUGUACUUUGUGCGCGAGCGCAACUCCAAGCGGGAGACCAAGCUGAUCAACAUGCUGCUGUUCAUCAAGACAACGUGCUGGAAGUGUCUGUUCGGCAGGGAGGCGGACAAGCUGGAGCACGCGAACGACGACGAGAGGACGUACUAUAUCAUCGAGAAGGAGCCACUGGUGAACAAGUUCAUCAGUGUGCCCAAGGAUAAGGGCUCUCUCAACUGUGCCACCUUCACGGCGGGCAUCAUUGAGGCCGUCCUCACCAACUGUGGCUUCCCGUGCAAAGUGUCCGCGCACUGGCACAAAGGCACCACGUACAUGGUGAAGUUUGAGGAUCAUGUCAUCGCCAGGGAUAAGCAGCUUGAGGAGAAGUGA